AUGGCUUUCCGUGUCGAACAUUGCAGAAAAGCUACAGAAUUUUUCAUCAAAUUCAAUACCGGCUCAAAAGCCUACCUUCAAUAUGCUGAACUUCCAAACCGUGUCCUCGACUUCCAGCAUACUGUAACUCCAGAAGAUCAACAAGGAAAAGGGGUCGCCCGUGUUCUCGUCAAGGAAGGUCUCAAGUAUGCUGCUGAUAACAAGUACCUCGUCCAGCCAACCUGCUGGUACGUGGCAAAGUAUUUGGAUGGAGAAAGUGCUACAAAAGAAGAGAAGGAACUUGAUAUUCGUCAUAAAUUGUAA